AUGGCACGGCAGUUAGCUAGACCGCCACAGCCUAUUGUAACAACAAACGCCAGUACUUCUUUGGUAAGAUGGCAUUAUAUUGCGCCUCAUUUUAUAGAUUAAUUUUUGUCUAAAAUUUUUUUUUACUAUUUUUGGAUUUGUAAUUGGUGGAAUAUGUUGUACUACAUAUGUAAAGUACAAUCGCGUAACUUAAAAUAUUGUUUUUCAGAGGUUACAGCUAGCAAUUCUUGUUGCUAUAUCUACCGCGUUGUUUGUUUUUGCCUUUGUAGUAUGGUACUGUGCAGACGAUAUAUUCCCUCGAGAUGUGAGUAUAGCAGUGCAAAUUCAACUUUUUUUGUUGAUGUUGACUCUAGUUGGCGUUAUUAUUUACAACUGUUUGAUGACAGUAUGCGUCAAAGAGUAG